CUAAAGUCAAACCUCAACCUCCAUUAAGGGUUGAUUCAUUAAACAUCUUCUGAGUUGAAAAAGAAAAGAUGGAUCGAAGUCGCGAAAUGGCCAUAACCCAGAUGAGAAGAUCCAUUGAGGAUCUAGGUUCGUCAACUGAGAAAUGUUCAGAAGCAACAUUGAUGAGAUUCUUGAUGGCGAGAUCGAUGGAAGCAAAAAAAGCAGCAAAAAUGUUUGUGGAAUGUGAAAAAUGGAGGGCGGAACAAGUUCCUCUUGGAUUCAUCCCGGAAUCUCAAAUUCCCGAUGAACUUGGAGCUCGCAAAAUUUACUUGCAGGGAGGACUCUCUAAUGGAGGUUUCCCAGUUGUGAUUGUUAAGGCAAACAAACAUUAUCCUCCCAAAGAUCAACCUCAGUUCAAGAAGUUUGUGAUUCAUCUUUUGGACAAAGUAAUUGCAAGUUCCUUCAAGGACAAAGAAAUCGGGAAUGAGAAGUUGAUUGCAAUUGUCGACCUACAAAAUAUUUCACAUAAAAACAUCGAUGCUCGUGGUUUCAUCAUCGGUUUUCAAUUUCUACAAGCCUAUUAUCCUGAGCGGUUAGCUAAGUGUUACUUCAUAAACAUGCCACGCUUCUUUGUGGGUAUUUGGAAAAUGAUUUCAUACUUUCUAGAUAAAGCAACUUUGGAGAAGAUUGUGAUAGUUUCUAAUGAGGAGGAAAUGAAGGAGUUGGUAAGAGAAGUUGGGGAAGAGACAUUGCCAGAAGAAUAUGGUGGACGUGCGGAGCUUCUAGCUAUACAAGAUGUAGUAGUGGAGAUGCAAAUUAAUGAAUAAUUAGUUUAAUAUUUGGGGGGAACAAACACUAUGAAUAAA